AGUACAUGUACACAACGUAAUCGAGCCAGUGCGCCACUUGAUUAUGUAACCGACCGUCUGUGCAUGUACAUGUUGCGUUAUUCAACGUGCUAGGCCUACGGUAUCGUACCGUUUACCGUCCGUCUAGUAUUCAUUUCGUCAUCGGUCGGAGCUGUCCCUGGGGUCUCCGUGUAUUUUGUCGCCCUCCUUCCCUUGCCGAAGCAUACGGUUUUCACCGCUUUCCACUCAUAUUCUUCGAAGGACGCUCAUGCGGGGAUUUUUAUAUCUGCUCGUUCUUUUUGAAUACCGACCAAUCAUCUCGUCGUGCGGUCUUUUCCGUCAGUGGACGCCCUCAGUACACCAAGGUUUUAUGGUUGAUUCACAACGUUGCACGUAAUCUUAUUUAUUACAACACAUCAUUCAAGAUGCCUAAAUCUAUGAACGUGAGGGUGACCACAAUGGAUGCCGAGUUGGAGUUUGCUAUUCAACAAACUACCACCGGCAAACAACUGUUCGACCAAGUAGUAAAAACCAUUGGCCUGAGGGAGGUAUGGUUUUUCGGGCUUCAGUACACAGAUAACAAAGGCGAUAUGACCUGGAUCAAACUAUACAAAAAGGUCAUGAGCCAAGAUGUUAAAAAGGAAAACCCACUACAGUUUAAAUUCCGAGCCAAGUUCUAUCCUGAAGAUGUUGCAGAAGAACUUAUACAAGAUAUCACUUUAAGAUUAUUUUAUCUACAGGUGAAAAAUGCCAUUUUAUCAGAUGAAAUUUACUGCCCAUCAGAGACAUCUGUACUGCUUGCUUCAUAUGCAGUACAAGCCAGACAUGGGGAUUACAACAAACUUACCCAUACUCCUGGUUUCCUUACAAACGAUCGUCUAUUACCACAACGUGUAAUGGAUCAACAUAAAAUGACACGAGAAGAAUGGGAAUCUAGUAUUACUACAUGGUGGCAUGAACAUAGAGGCAUGUUGCGUGAAGAUGCUAUGAUGGAAUAUUUGAAAAUAGCCCAAGAUCUUGAAAUGUAUGGAGUUAACUACUUUGACAUUCUUAACAAAAAAGGAACUGAAUUAUUUUUAGGUGUUGAUGCCUUAGGCCUUAAUAUUUAUGAAAAAGAUGAUAAGCUUACUCCAAAGAUUGGUUUUCCUUGGUCAGAAAUUCGAAAUAUUUCAUUCAAUGAUAGAAAAUUUAUCAUUAAACCUAUUGAUAAAAAAGCUCCUGACUUUGUAUUUUUUGCUCCUCGUGUUCGUAUUAAUAAACGUAUUCUGGCUCUUUGUAUGGGUAAUCAUGAGUUGUACAUGAGAAGACGCAAACCUGAUACUAUUGAUGUACAACAAAUGAAAGCUCAAGCAAGGGAAGAAAAAUUGGCCAAACAACAACAAAGAGAGAAACUUCAACUAGAAAUUGCUGCUAGAGAAAAAGCGGAAAAGAAACAUCAAGAAUAUGAAGAACGCUUGAAACAAAUGCAAGCUGAAAUUUCUAAACGUGAACAAGAUUUGCUCAGUGCUCAAGAUAUGAUUCGUCGUUUGGAAGAUCAGUUAAAUAAACUUCAACUGGCCAAAGAAGAACUUGAGCAAAGACAAAAUGAACUGCAAAAAAUGAUGGAGCGCUUAGAAGAAUCAAAGAAUAUGGAAGCUGUUGAAAGGGCCAAACUAGAAGAUGAGAUCAAAGCUAAGCAAGAAGAAGUCAUGCGUAUUCAAUCUGAGGUUGAAACUAAGGAUGAGGAAACUAGACGUUUACAGGAAGAAGUUGAAGAAGCAAGACGUAAACAGGAAGAAGCUGCUGCUGCAGCACUUGCUGCCGCUGCAACACCCAAACAUCAUCAUGUUACUGAAAAUGAAAAUGAAGAUAAUGAUGAAAUGGUCAAUGGUCAUGAAUCACAAGAUUUAGACACCGAUAUGGACAUAGUUGAUCCAGUAGAAGAACGCCGUACACUUGCUGAGCGUAAUGAACGACUCCAAGAUCAAUUAAAGAUGUUAAAACAAGACUUAGCUAUAUCACGAGAUGAUACUAAGGAGACUGCCAUGGAUAAAAUUCAUCGUGAAAAUGUGCGUCAGGGGCGAGAUAAAUAUAAAACUCUACGUGAAAUAAGAAAAGGCAAUACAAAACGUAGAGUUGAUCAGUUUGAAAACAUGUAAACAAAAAUUAUACUAUACAGGGUAAUUAAAACUACAAAUUUGUUAAAGGCCUGUAGGUCCAAGAUCAUUACGUGUCAAUAAUACUAGACCAUUUUAUAUUUACUUUGGUAUGUAACGUGAAAAUAUUAUUAAAUUAUUAUUUAUUAAGGUUGUAAUAACAAAAAA